UCCCGUCGAUCGGUUUGUCCGCGUCGCUGGUCGGUCGGCCCGGUCCUCUCGCGCGCGGAAUAUCUUCGUUCGAUCGAUCAUGAACAAGGAAACGUUCAGCUGCUUCUUCCUCGUUCUGCUCUUCCGAAUCGCACACCACGGAAUCACCGGCAAAAAGCACGUCCACUUGAGGAUCCACGUGCCGGACAUGAUCGAACACCGAUUCCACACAAAAGUUGUGUUUAUUCACGAACCACCGCCGAAGAAGCCCAAGACCGACCAUAAGGAGUACCGUCGCGAAAACUGGAGUUCCUGGAGUUACGGUAACCAUCGCGAUUCGAAACAUCGCGUCGACGAAGAAGAUCGCGAAGAUCGAAGCGAACGCGAAAGGCUGGCUACGUCGGAACCCCGGGAUCCGAAUGGCCGAAAGAUCCAUGGCCCUGGUUACGGUCGCCACGGAGAUCCCUCGUUGCCGCAGUCUCACCUCGACGAUAAUCGGUUGGAAGAAAAUCCGAAGAUUCGCGAACACGGCGGAUACGAGGUGCGCGAGGAAGCGGACGACGUUCCCCGAAACGGCGAGACGCUGGUCUACGAUUUCGAGGAGGGACACAGGAAAGGUUCGCGAUCGGAGACCGGGCAUAUUCGCGUCGGUCAGACGAGCGAGUUCCACGACGAUCGGCACGAGGAGCAGGACGAUCGAGAGAACGAGAACGAGAACGAGAGCGACGGCGAUCGGUUCAAGGAGGACUUCGCGGGGAUAACCGACGCCGGACGAUACAUCGUCGACGACGUCGAAUACGAGAAUACCAGAGACGAGCGGGACGGACGUCGCAGAUAUCGACGAUUCGGACGAUCCUGA